CUCUGCUGAAGGUCUCAGGCUUUCCCUCCAGAGUAGACAGUGCAAGCAAAAAGGGAGAGAUGCUGCUAUGUGACGGGCACGCAAGUAGUCGGUUAUAAGCGCGAACCCGACGUUGCAAAAUCAAUCUGGAUUAUAAAGCAAUGACUUGAGCUGUGAACAAGAUGAUGGAGAGAUUCGGGGCGAUGAAGCUUUACCUUAUGAAAUGGAUUUGUCUGCGCUGGGCUUGCGUUUGUUUAGCUGCUUGUGGGGGUAAGGUGGAGUUGCACAGUGAGAGGAGAGGAGUGAUUUACAGCCCAUCAUGGCCCCUCAAUUACCCACCCGGUGUGAAUUGCAGCUGGAACAUACAGGGGAACCGUGGGGAUGUGAUCACAAUCAGUUUUCACAGUUUUGAUGUGGAAGACACACGGGACUGCAGGGGAGACUGGCUGUUGCUCGGACCCACGUGGAAAACUGAGUAUCGGAUCUGUGGCUCCGUUCUCCCUCCUCCCUUCAUCUCCUCCAGAGGACGAGUCUCUGUCUUCUUCCACUCUCAAACCAACAGCUCUGGACUGGCGCAGGGCUUCAGAAUGUCUUAUAUACGAGGUCGGUUGGGUCAAAGUAGUUGUGAGAAUGAUGAGUAUUUAUGUGGAAACGGUAAGUGCGUUCCACGUACAUGGCGCUGUAAUGGCUUGGAUGAAUGUGGAGACAAUACAGAUGAAAGAAGCUGUGCCCCUCAACCCACACCGGCCCGGGUGAGUCUGUGCCCACCAGGAACCUUGGAGUGUUCUGACAUCCAGUCCACACGCUGCUUGCCGGCAACCUUGCGCUGUAAUGGAGCUCGAGACUGUCCAGAUGGAUCCGAUGAGGCCCGCUGCCCCGACACUUCCUGCGGAAAACACUUGGUCAACUUUUAUGGGACGUUUGCAUCGCCUGAUUUUUUUCGUCCAAACAGGAGCGGGGGAACAGAUCUGCACUGCACGUGGUUUCUGGACACACAAGACCCGAAGCCACUGGUGCUGCAGGUGGAUCUACAGCUGGGUGUUGGGGACUCGGUCCGUGUUUAUGAUGGAUUGGGAGAACGCCCAGAUCGUAUUCUGCAGAGUCUCUCUCACCAUAAUAAUCACAGACGGGCCCUGCUGGAGUCUUCACAGGGACAGAUGAGUGUGUUCUACCACGCUAAACCACACAGCCCUGGACAUGGCUUCAAUGCCACCUAUCAGGUUAAGGGUUAUUGCUUCCCAGGCGAGCAUCCAUGUGGCACAGACGAGGGAUGUUACACUGACCUGCAGCGCUGUGAUGGCUACUGGCACUGCCCUGCAGGGCGAGAUGAGGAACGCUGCCCGCUGUGCCAGGCUGGCGAGUAUCCAUGCGAGGGUGGCAGCGGGACAUGUUACUCAGCCUCUGAGAGAUGUAACAACCAGAAGAAGUGUCCAGAUGGCUCAGAUGAGAAAAACUGCUUCGAUUGUCAGCCUGGUAACUUCCACUGCGGAACCAACCUGUGCAUCUUUGAGACAUGGCGGUGUGACGGACAGGAAGACUGUCUCGAUGGCAGUGAUGAAAGAGACUGUUUGGCCUCUGUGCCCAGGAAGGUGAUCACAGCAGCUUUGAUCGGCAGCCUGGUCUGUGGGCUGCUGCUGGUCAUCGCAUUGGGUUGUGCCUUCAAGCUGUACUCACUCAGGACAAGAGAGUACAGAGCUUUUGAAACACAGAUGACCCGACUAGAGGCGGAGUUUGUUCAAAGAGAGGCUCCACCCUCUUAUGGUCAACUGAUAGCUCAAGGUCUCAUACCUCCAGUUGAUGACUUUCCAGUCUACAACCCAACACAGGCAUCUGUUCUACAGAAUCUCCGUUCAGCUAUGCGGAGACAGAUUCGUCGACACUCCUCCCGACGCUCCUCAUCGCGACGGCGGCUUGGUCGUCUCUGGAACCGCCUGUUUCAUCGUGGUUCUCGCUUACGCGGUCAGAUCCCUCUCCUAACGCCUCCCGGCCAUACACACCUGAACGCACACACAGUGCUGGGGCUCCAUAGCUACAACACAGUGGACUGUAACGCUGAGGAGCCACAGGAGGGUUUGGUACAGACCCCCUCCCCCUGUUCGACCACUGCGCUUGGGUUAUCUUUGCAGGCUCACACUGAUGCCCUCUGCUCAGCUGAAAGAGAGUCUCCCCUCUCUUCUUUCUCUCCGACCUCCCCCGCCUCACCGCGCUCGUCUUCAGACACCCUGGAGGACGAAGAUGAAGAAGAUGAUGACGGAAGUUCAGAGCUGUCUAGGAUGAGAAUUAGAUCUAAACGCAGCACGGAAGGCUCAUCCCCGAAGCACAAAGAUGGAGAUAGUCCACCUGGACCUUCGGAUAGACCCAAACACAGCAUGAACAGGUCGCGGACCUCAAGAAGGCUAGUACAGGAACUGGCAGCAGAGCUCAGAGGAGUCUCCAUCCUCCGCUACACCUCCGUAGGUGUUUCGCCUCUUUCUUCUCCGGAGUCGCCAACAUCCUCCAGUGGUCAGUCUGAGGGGCACAGAGGCCUUCCUACACUCACAAAACCACAUAUGGAUACACAAACAGGCUUGCACUCAGAUGGGCUCUUAAGCCCAGGACAAACCCCUUUAGGGAAUUCAUCAGGAACAGAAGACACUCCAGGUGAUCCUCUCAGGCAUUGCAGACUCACAAGUAACGAGGAAGAGAUUGAUAACGUUCAGUUCACCGUGCACUGAGAAGCCUUUUUCAUCCUCUCUAUUUCAAAUCUGUGCCAACUAUCCGAGCCUUACCAGGUUCAAUAAACAGCCUUCCAUCAUGAGUCAUUGACUUUCAAGCCUUAAGUCGCAGAAUAUUUUGAUUUUUGAUUUAUGCUCUGUCAUAGUCGAACACUAUGAGUAAACCUCAUCUGAGAAAAUCUCAUAUUUCAUUUCCAGAAUGCCAUAAAUAUAUGAAUUGAUCACAUGCUAGAAAUCACCAAAAAUCUUAUGAUUGUUUUACUAGGACUGAGCAUAAUACACAUGGAGGAUCAUUAUAUCAGAGAGUUAGGAUUGUCUGCAUCUCUGCUUCUCAUCUGCAACAUAACAGAGUUUUCCUCUCUUUCCCCAGCGCCUUAAAAUAGAUUCACCAUCCUACCUGCCCAUUGAAAUACUUAACUCAGUUGUAUCAAAACACUUUUCAUUGCCAGCAAGUUGUUUCAGUAGUUGCUGCACAAAAUACACAUUCAUGAAUGUUUGAAUUUUGGUUGUAUAAUCUACAUUGUUUUUAAGGCCAUUUGUUUAAAUGGUUUGUUUGAGUAGCAGACUAUAAGAUCAUGGCAGGUUGACCAUAGACUUCAAAUUAACGUAAACCUUUUUUACACAUUCAAAAUUUACAAUUUAGUUUUAUCCGAAGGGAAGCAGAACUCAGGGAUCAUUUAAUGGAUUAUGAGAGUGAAUAAGUUCAUGUGCUGUAUGUGAGAGAUGUGCUGCUGCCUUAUUAGGAUUUUCACAAAAGUGUGUCAUUACUUAUUUACGUUUGUAUACAAGAGUUGAUGUCUUACCUCUUAUUUAUUUCAGUUGAGUUACACGUUAAGCAGUUCAUGCACUUGUUUGGCAGGAAGAUUAUUUAUUUUGCUCACUCUUCCUUGAAUGUAUUUUCUGUGCUAUUAGGUGUUUAAUGUAGUGCCACAAAAGUCAAACUUGCUGCUUUAGCAAAUCUGAAUCUGGUAGAGAAAUAAGAACCAGUAUAAGCAAAAGACAUGGUCUUUUUAACGGUCUAAUGGCCGAGUGCCUAUUUCAUAUCUCUUCAUCCACCAGGUGCAGAAUUCAAGAUUUCUUCUGAUCCGAUGGGAUCAACAACAUGACAUUUCAGAUAUAAACAGAGUUUAUGGAUUGCAGGAGGUAUUUUAAUGCACUGUGAAGGGUUCAGAUUCAGUGCCAUUAGAAAAUGUAUUUCUAUCUUUCAUGUUGCUGACAGUAGAUUUGAUUAAAUGCCUGAGAAUUAAAGUAAGUUACUGGACGUCUUAGCAAUAUUAAAAUUGCUUGUGAUACUGUACAUACGUGACUAGGAAAUAUUUUCUCACAAUUUCCUGGGAGUCACGUCAGAUUUCUUUCAUGCUGUAUGUGGGACUCAAUGAUGUAAAUAAAACGUUUUUACAGAUCAUGAAACCCAUAUUAAUUUUAAAAUCUACUAUUUGUUUUUAUCAUAUCAAAAGGAAACUUUAAAAGUGCCAAAGAAUGCAUUGAAAUAAUAUGUUAAAUUGUUCUUUGAUAUUUACAUAGAAGGUAUGUAACUUUAUUAAGUACAAAAUGAUCCAGAAACAUUUUAACUAGUGCUGGGCA